CGUGUGGGAUUUGCCAUUUGAUGCAGUGUGAUGGCGCGUGACUCUUUACCGUGUUGUGGUCACAACCGAAAGUGACCUUUGCGUGGGUUGAAGAAAAGACACAGCAGCAUGGCACAACGCAUAAGAACUUACAGUAUGAGCUCAGAAGCUAGCAAUCACUUCCAUAGCAUUAAUGAACAUCCGGUCGAUGAUAUUUCGCUAGAGUUUUUCUAUAAACCUCACACUGUUACUCUACUGACAGUUUCCAUCCUCGGAUUGCUUUAUUCCGUGUUUACAAGGGAUGAUAAUGUUGCAGAGGAAAAUCUCAUUAGUGGAUUGUGUGCUGUGGUGUUUUUCUUCUUGAUUGUGAGUGUUCUCACAUUUCCUAAUGGUCCCUUCACCAGACCUCAUCCCGUGCUAUGGCGGAUGGUUUUUGGUAUCAGUGUCCUGUAUCUGUUGCUCCUGCAGUUCAUCCUGUUCCAGAACCUAUCUGACGUGCGGAACAUGAUGUGGUGGUUGUUCCCGGACUUACGGCACUUUAGAAUUGAUACUGAAAAGGAUUAUGCGGUCAACUGUUCCGACGUCACCUUCGAGCGAGUGUGGAGCCACGUCGAUGUCUUCGCAUUCGGUCACUUCUGGGGCUGGGCCCUCAAGGCCUUGCUCAUCCGACAUGCUGGCAUCUGCUGGACCAUCAGUUUCAUGUGGGAGUUCACCGAGAUGUUUUUUGCCCACCUACUGCCCAACUUCAAGGAGUGCUGGUGGGAUGCUCUUAUCCUGGAUGUACUCAUCUGUAAUGGGCUUGGCAUAUGGCUUGGAAUGUUUGUGUGCAAGAAAUUGGAAAUACGGACUUUCUCUUGGGAAAGCAUAAAAGAUAUUCAUUCGGCGACAGGAAAACUGAAGCGAGCCGUGUUACAGUUCACCCCAGAGAGCUGGACGCACGUUAGAUGGCUUGAUCCGAACUGCACUUACAUGAGAUUUUGGGCACUGUGCCAGCUCGUCAUCAUCUGGCAGAUCGCGGAGUUGAACACGUUCUUCUUGAAGCACAUCCUGGAGGUUCCGACGGGGCAUCCGCUCAGCGUCGGCCGCAUACUGCUCAUUGCGGCGAUCUCCGCGCCCUCGCUGCGCCAGUACUACACCUACGUGACGGACCCACACUGCAGCCGCGUCGGCACACAGUGCUGGGUGUUCUGCGCCGUCACUCUCACGGAGGCUCUCAUCUGCGUGAAGCUUGGUGCUGACUUGUUCGCUCUCACCGAGGCAACGAGCAUCGUCGGCUGGCUACUGUUCAUGAUGGCACUGAGCGUGAUCUGCGUGUACCUGUGUGUUGAGUACGCCAGGUGGCAGAAUGCGAGGCUCAGGCAGGCCGACGAGCGCGCGGAAGCAGCCGCCCGGGAGAGCUCGCCGAAGAAAUCUCGCAGCUUGAACUUCGUGCAGGAGUACGUCGACUCGAAUCCCGUGGAGAACGGCGAGCAGGGAAGCCCCGGUAAGGUCAAACGAAGGUCGAAGGCUGCGAAGGGAAAGACUGGAACGUGAUGGGCUCCGAAUCGCAGGGAAGUAAUGAGUUGCUUGCUGCAAUCGUUACGGGGUUGUGUAGAGACAAGUGCAGACAAGUAGAGACAAGUUGGUUCACUAGCAGGCUGUUUCGGGUACACGUGGAAGAUCGUGAGCUGAGCUGUUAGUUGGAAGCGCAUGUCAGCGACGAUCAGAUGUUCGUAGAAGGUACGCUGACCCUUCACUAGUUAGCUAGCAUCCAAGUCUACUGCGUAAUCCUACUGCCCAAUCACAAAGUCACUCACGGCUGCAGUAACAUGUUAGCAAGAAGAUGUUGAGACUCGAGAGGUAGGGUAGCCUUGAAUUAGAGUGGUAAAAAACUACUGUAGGCAUGGUCUGCAGUGUGGCUUAAUUCUCGGUGCUCAACUUGGUGAGAAAAUUAUUGCUGUAUGUUUUGGAGAUGUAGGUAAUGUCAAAGGUGAGGAGUGUCCAUUGAAAUGUGGGAGUUGAUGGACGG